AUGGCCUCCGCUGCUGUCCGUAUCUUCUCCAGGCGCUUCCAUGUGUCCGCUCGGCGCUGUGCGCUGUCACAGUUCAAUAUGCCUGCAAUGAGUCCGACUAUGACCGAGGGCGGCAUAGCGUCGUGGAAGAAGAAAGAGGGUGAAUCCUUCAGCACGGGCGACGUUCUGCUCGAGAUUGAAACGGACAAGGCUACCAUUGACGUGGAAGCUCAGGAUGAUGGAAUUAUGGCCAAGAUAAUUGCUCCUGACGGUUCAAAAAAUGUCCAAGUUGGUUCAGUGAUAGCCAUCCUCGCUGAAGAAGGCGACGACCUCUCGGGCGCUGCGGAGUUGGCCUCCAAGGCAUCCUCACAAGCUGCCGCACCGAAGGAUGACAGCCCGCCGCCACCGCCGAAAGCUGAAGAACCCAAACCUUCAGAGUCAAAGCCAGAGCCCAAGGCAGAGUCAUCGAAAUCCGACCUUCCAUCAGGUGACCGCAUUUUCGCGUCUCCCAUAGCCAAGAAAAUUGCUCUGGAACGUGGCAUUCCUCUGGCCAAGGUGAAGGGAACUGGUCCUGACGGUCGCAUCAUCCGGGAGGAUGUUGAGAGCUAUACCCCCGCCGCUGCCCCGGCCACCACAACCGCACAACCGGCCGCUGCUCAACUACCUCCAGAUUAUGUCGACACACCUAUAUCGAACAUGCGCCGCACCAUUGGCACACGUCUCACUCAGUCAAAGCAGGAGUUGCCGCAUUAUUACGUCACGUCUGAGAUUAACAUGGACAAGGUCCUGAAGCUCAGAGAAGUCUUCAACAAGACUCUUGGUGACAAGGACAAGUCUGCCAAACUGAGUGUCAACGACUUCAUCUUGAAGGCAGUCUCGUGUGCGCUUGCCGACGUACCAGAGGCCAACUCCGCGUGGUUGGGCGAAGUAAUUCGAACGUAUAAGAAGGCUGACAUAUCAGUUGCCGUCGCCACCCCUACUGGUUUGAUUACUCCCAUCGUUCGUGAUGUCGGUGGCAAGGGUUUGGCCUCGAUAUCUGCGGAGACCAAAGCUCUUGCGAAGAAGGCUAGGGAUGGCAAAUUGGCUCCCGCUGAAUACCAGGGUGGAACGUUCACUGUCUCGAAUCUUGGGAUGUACGACGUAAGCCACUUCACGGCCAUCAUCAAUCCGCCCCAAUCAUGUAUUUUGGCCGUCGGUUCGACACAAGCGACACUCGUCCCCGCUCCUGAAGAGGAGCGUGGAUUUAAGACGGCCCAGAUCAUGAAGGUCACCCUAAGCUCGGAUCACAGGACGGUUGAUGGCGCAGUUGCCGCCCGCUGGAUGGCGGCGUUCAAGGGCUACCUCGAGAACCCGCUGACAUUUAUGCUCUGA